AUGAGUUAUAACGAGACUGCUGCGAUGCAGCCAGCUGAUGUGCUACGAUUAGUCGACGGCCCAAUAAACAAGUUUGGACGCUACGAGGAAUCCGACUCCACUGACAGGGGCCACGACUUGGGAAGUGGUGCCAAGGAAAAGCUACAGGUUGCCGGUCAGGUCAUCAGACAAACCGCAGAGAACAUUGGAGAUAUGGCUGGAGAACUAAAGGACAAGGCCAUGAACAAGAUCCAAGAUGGAGCAGAUGCUAUCAAGAGCCACUGA